CUCCCCUUCUGCGCGCUAUUUAGGAAGUUUUACGGUGCUUCAGAUAGCGUAAGCUAGCUAGCUAAUGGCGUUAGAUAGAAGAUAACUGGCACCGACUACAGUAUAGACAUGUUUCAAUAAACGUUUCACUUUAUUUUAAUCUAGCUUCGUUGAUUAAAAUAAUCACAACAGUUGUUCAAAAUGAAGGUAGAGUGUGAGAACACACAGGACAAAACAAAUGUAACUUGUCAUAGAGGAAGGGUCGGCUGUGCUGAAAAUGCAGAGGGAAUGGAGCCAGGAAUGUCAGAAGUUAUUGUUCAGCUUGAAGAUGAACAAUAUCUUUCGAGCCCAGAAACCUGCUCUUCUCCAGAAACCGACAUGUUUUUAUUCGCUCCUAUUUCAGACACUGAAGAAAGCGCUGACUAUGAUUCGGAUUCUUCAGGUGUUCCUACUGGUAAACAACAUUGUAUGCUUCGAAGUAACGUUGAAGGUAACAAGUUAAAAGAAUACACGAAGACCGAAGAUAAUGAGCAUUCAUCUCUGCCUGCUGAAAAUGCCUUGGCUCAGAAGAUCAAUUAUGUGAUUCCUAAGAAUGCUGUGGAAAAUGGUGUGCUUCCCAGGACUGAUAGAAAACCAAGGCGUAAGAAAACAAAUAGUCCAUUACCAAAGGAAAGUAGUUCAUCAUCGUCAAAAGACCAGUCAAAGCGCCAUGGGAGGAAGAAGUCACCUCUAAAGAUGCAACCAUAUAAAUCAGACAAGUCAUUGCAAGACUGCAGAAUGUCUGGGGAGACAGCAGGCUGGAUACCUGCUCCCUACACUAAGACAGAGACUGCCAUCAGCCCACAAACAGCCAUGGAGCCUCCUGGCUUCCCCUCUGUACAGGCCAAGAUUGAGGAGCCAUUCUUUGACAAGAAAGACAAUGUUUUGCUGGAAGUGUUGAAAUAUUGCCAGACACUGUGCACAGCUGUACAGAGGCUUGAGCAAAAAGUUGACAGUCUCCAAGCAGAGUGCUCCAAGUUAUAUCUCCACGUCAACAAGGAAAACUCGAAGGAGGAAUGGCACUCAUCAACUCAGAGACUAGAGUUUGAGCUUGCUGAUCCCAACUCCCAUGCUCCCACUCUGAGUCGAAGACAAUCAGACAAGCGACACACUUUGCCAUUUUGGGACAGAGACCAGCCACCUUGGCGACAGGGACAGCUAAACGUUAGUGCUAGAACCGAAAACAACUGUCAGUGCCUACUUCCAAGCAAUGAAGAAACUGAUACAAACAGACUUGACUCAUCCCAACCUGAUGCCAACUUGGAAGAAGCCGACAAAACUAGCAUGAGCAAAAUUGCAGGAAGAGGUAGAGGAAGAGGAGGAGGAGGAGGAAGAAGAGGAAGGGGCCAGAGUAAAGGAAGGAGUCAAACUACCAACAAGCAGAAGGAUCCACAUCUUAGCAAAGUGCCCCCUGUAAGGGCAAAUCAACCCAAACGCAGAGCAGCCUCCGCUGUCCCUAAUGACCAGGGGCCAUGUGCCAGCAAAGUGGCCAAGAUCCUCUCAAAGCUGCAGGAGAGGCGAUUGGCAGCAGGGGGCCCAGUGGAUGAGGGCUGUGAGGCCACUACAAACACCAGUGCCUCUGAGAAGGGAGAACAACAAGUGAUGAUUGGCAGUGCCUUCAGGAAGGUGUGUAUCCCCUACUCCGUGUACAUGGAGGCCUUCAAGCUGGAUGAGCCGCAGAGGGCCGUGGUGCCAGUGUUGCAUGCAGUCUUUCCACUAAGUGUCCUUACCUGUAGUGCUGUGGUUGGAAACCCUCAAAGGGGCAUCCAGGAGCUCAACCCAAACAAACUAGAGGCCAUCCGAGAAUGGCUGGCGGAGAUGUACCCUAGACAUGAGCUGGAGGUGAAGGGAAAAGCUUGGGCAGAAUGUUUGGGCAUCCUGAACAGUAUCACCAAAACGUUGAAAACGGAUACGACACCAGCCAAGAAAUCCUCACCCAAGGUGCCUUGAAAUUUAGCAGAUGGAUACAAAUUAUUUGGUUGGAUGUUUUGUUAUACUUUGAUCUCAGGGGCUACGAGACUGUUUGUGUUAUAUUUUUGAUAUCCUAUGCUGCUAAAAUUACUUUUUUAUAUACUACACACAGAACUGAACAUUUUAAGCGUUAAGCGAUAAGAUAGCAAAUAUAAUGGCGUUACACCCCAGUGUUGUAGCCGAGAGGGUUUUUGAGCUCGACUUUUCUAAAUGACAAAGAAUUUAUGUUUAUCUUUUUGUAUUACCCUUAAUACAGAGGACUAUCAAGC